GGCGCCACCGGCUCAGGCAGCCUCCAGUUCGUCGUCUUCGGUUCCUCCACAGUCUACUCAAGUGGUGUCUUCGUAUUCGAGAGGUCCGGCGCCACCGGCUCAGGCAGCCUCCAGUUCGGCUUCGGUAGAGGAGCUGAGACAAGAGGUGGAGCAGAAGCUGACGACUGUAGAUCCGGGCAGCAAGGCGGGACCGCCGCCGGCGUCGUCAAAGGCUGUUCGUUUCGCUGCUAGGCCAGGAUUUGGUACCCGAGGGAGGAAGCUCGUGGUUAGGGCUAACCAUUUCUUGGUGCAAAUAGCAGACCGAGAUCUCUGUCAUUAUGAUGUUAGCAUAACUCCGGAAAUCACCUCAAAAAGGUUAAAUCGGGAUGUAAUUGCUCAGCUUGUUGACAUGUAUGGGGCGUCACACUUGGGCAACCGAAAGCCAGCUUAUGAUGGCAGGAAAAGCCUAUACACAGCAGGGCCUUUGCCUUUUGAAUCUAAGGAAUUUGCUGUUAAGUUGGAGGAGAAGAAUGAUGGUGCUUCUGGUUCAAAAAAGAGCGAACGUGGAUUUAAGGUGGCAAUUAGAUUUGCAGCUAAGGCUGAUAUGCAUCACUUACGGCAAUUUUUAGUUGGAAGACAAAUGGAUACUCCACAAGAAACCAUCCAAGUCCUAGAUAUUGCUCUUAGAGAAUCACUAUCUAAAAAGAAUUAUGUAAUUGCUGGGAGGUCUUUUUUUUCACGUGAUUUUGGAACAACGGGUGAACUUGGUGGUGGUAUAGAAUACUGGAGAGGAUUUUACCAAAGCCUACGUCCAACCCAGAUGGGUCUCUCCCUUAAUAUUGAUGUGUCAGCCAGGUCUUUCUACGAGUCCAUUUUAGUAACUGACUACGUUGCUAAAUACUUUAGGCUGAGGGACUUGUCAAGGCCUCUGUCAGAACAAGAUCGCUUAAGGGUGAAAAAGGCACUGAGAGGCGUGAAAGUACAGCUGACUUACAGGAACUAUGCAAAAAGCUAUAAGAUCACUGGUGUAUCAAAUAAGCCUCUGAAUCAGACAUUCUUCACUCUUGAUGACAAGAGGACAAAUGUGUCGGUUGUCAAUUAUUACCGUGAGAAAUAUGAUAUUGUGCUGAAACAUACGUCUAUGCCUGCCCUUCAGGCUGGAAGUGAUUCAAAACCCAUCUUUUUGCCGAUGGAGCUUUGUAAGAUAGUGGAUGGGCAGAGGUAUACAAAAAAAUUAAAUGAACAACAAGUAACUGCAAUGUUACAAGCAACCUGCCAACGACCUCAUGAACGAGAACGUAGCAUUAAGCAGAUUGGAAGACAGAAUAAUUAUAAUGGAGAUAUCCUUGUAAAGGAUGAAUUUGGAAUCCAAGUGCAGGAGGAUCUAACAUUUGUUGAUGCCAGAGUUUUGCCUCCUCCCACGCUUAAAUAUCAUGAGUCUGGUAGAGAAUCAAGGGUUGACCCUAGUGGAGGGCAAUGGAAUAUGAUUAACAAGAAAAUGGUUAAUGGUGGGAGAGUUGAUUUCUGGACGUGUGUGAACUUCUCUUCCCAAGUCAACCGAGAUUUGCCUGGUGAAUUUUGUAGGCAAUUAAUUGAUAUGUGUGUCAGCAAAGGAAUGGCAUUCAACCCAAAUCCUCUUAUUCCGAUACAAUUUGCUCAUCCCGGCCAAAUUGAGAGGGUUCUUGCUGAUAUUCACAAGCAAUGUACGUCUAAACUUCAGUUGUUGAUAAUCAUUCUGCCUGAUUUCAGCGGCUCAUAUGGGAAAAUUAAACGAAUCUGUGAAACAGAGUUGGGAAUUGUGUCACAGUGUUGUCAACCUAGGCAGGCAUCAAAGCUAAGCAAACAGUACCUUGAAAAUGUUUCCCUGAAAAUCAAUGUCAAGGUUGGUGGUAGGAACACUGUUUUAUAUGAUGCUAUUCAAAGAAGGAUUCCUCUUGUGACAGAUCAUCCUACAAUUAUCUUUGGUGCUGAUGUAACUCACCCGCCUCCUGGGGAGGACUCUAGUCCUUCAAUAGCAGCAGUAGUGGCUUCAAUGGACUGGCCAGGGGUGACAAAGUACAGAGGAAUUGUUUCUGCACAGACUCAUCGUGAAGAAAUCAUCCAGGAUCUCUACAAAUCACAUCAGGAUCCACAAAGGGGCCUAGUUCAUUCAGGCAUGAUCAGGGAGUUGUUGAUUGCAUUUAGAAGAGAAACUGGGUUGAAACCACAUAGGAUUAUAUUUUACAGAGAUGGUGUUAGUGAGGGUCAAUUUAACCAAGUCUUGCUAAACGAGAUGGAUGACAUAAGAAAGGCUUGCAACUCGCUGGAGGAGAAUUAUCUACCACCAGUUACCUUUAUCGUGGUUCAGAAAAGGCAUCAUACACGGCUCUUUCCUGUUAAUAGCGGACAGGCAGACAGGAGUGGCAAUGUUCUGCCAGGUACUGUCAUUGACACUAAGAUUUGCCACCCGACAGAAUUUGAUUUCUAUCUGAACAGCCAUGCUGGAAUUAAGGGGACAAGUAGACCUACGCACUACCAUGUCUUGUUUGAUGAAAAUAAUUUUUCUGCUGAUGAGUUGCAAGUGCUGACUAACAAUCUGUGCUACACGUAUGUAAGGUGCACUCGAUCUGUUUCCAUAGUCCCUCCUGCCUAUUAUGCCCAUUUAGCAGCUUUUCGUGCUAGAUACUAUGUCGAGGGUGAGACAUCAGAUGGUGGAUCUACGGGUGGAAGGAGUGCAACAGGUGGGAGGAGCAGGGAAGUCCAACCUCUUCCGGCAAUCAAAGAAAAUGUGAAGAAUGUGAUGUUUUAUUGCUGAAGUUCUGGGCAUCUGUUUUUGGGGAGUUCCUACUUUGUGCAGUUUAUGCACAUACUGCUAAGUGCCUAACUUAAUUGAAAUGAAGUCAAAAGUUUUGGGUAUAUCCUGCGGAGUUGGUGCAAUUGGAAGAAACCAACGAUACCAAAUUGCUACCUCUUUUGCUUUUGUUUGAUAGCAAACGCAAUUUUUUGGGCUUUAGAUUCCCGGCUUUUCGUCGCUUGACGCUAUUUUUUGGCAGUUUUGGUCUCGAAGCAAAUAUACGGAUGCUGGGAGCAGAUUGUUAGAACUCCUUGUAAAUUCUAAUUUGCUCGACCCUUAAAGAGUGCCUAGCCAUACAUGAUUGUUAUAGUUGUUGAUAAUUUUGAUUUCAAUGGGCCUAAAUGUCAGUAUCUGCUCCUUAGAACAAUUUAUUCCAUUUUGAAUGAGAUUUGAACCAUUUGUCUUGUUAUUGAUUGGUUCUUAA